AUGUCGCGAUACGGCUGGUCGCUCAACCGCGAGCAGAGCUUCGGCGCCUCAUCGGGCGGUGUUCCCGACGUCACAAAUGAAGACUUUAGCUACAUCACCGCCCAGGACUUGGACGAUCCCCGCGUCGAAUACACCGACACCCGCUACUAUCCGCGACCACGUUCCAGGGGACCAUCGGAGCCCGAGGACGAUAUCCUGCUCAUCAAGAGCAAGGGCGUCACGUAUCCGGCUCACUUCCCUGCGUAUUCGAUCGGUGACGGCAAGCUAUACGUCAAAGAUGUGCGGGAGCGCAUUGGACUUCUGAUGGAUCUGCCGUCACGGACGACGCGUCACAUCAAGCUGCUGUAUAAGGGCAAGCAGCUCAAGGAGUCGUCCGUCCCCGUCCGAGACUACGGAGUCAAGAACAAGAGCGAGCUGAUGGCCGUCAUCCCCGAGGCCGACGACGACAACAGCGGCCGAUCGGAGGACGACAUGAUCAUCGUGGACGAGCCUCGAAGCGAUGCCAAAUCCUCCAAAUCCCGCAAGAAGAAGAGGAGCAGCAAGAAGAAGUUGGACAAGAACGAGCCUGCUUCCCCGACCAGCCCCGUCGACAGCGGAUCAAAUGCCGAUGGUGCCAAUGCGCCUUCACCCACGGUUGUCAAUGCCGCGAUGAAGAAGCUGGACGACAUUUCCGACGAGUUCCACACCAAUUGGCUGCCGCUGUGCCUGGACUACAUCGAGGCGCCCCCGAAAGAUGCCAAGAAACGAGACGAGGAACACCGAAAGCUGUCCGAAUCCGUCAUGCAGCAAAUCAUCUUGAAACUAGACGGCGUCGAGACCGAGGGCGUUGACGAGAUCCGACAGAGGCGAAAAGACCUUGUUCGACGAGUUCAAGACGUUCUCAAGCGGCUGGAUACUGCCAAGGCGUCGUGA